GUCUUGGCUGUUGCGUGAGCACGUUGGUUACGCACGAACAUUACGUGCCUGAAGGCGGGCUGGGGCCUGGGAGAGGCCUGACCAGUCCAAGUCAGUCAGUCAGUCGAGUCAAGUCAGUGAAUAAGGGAGCGAAACAGCUUCCCCUCAGGGAGGCUGCGUGUGAGAGGAGCGUGAGGGCUUUUUUUUUUUUUUUUGCACGCACGCCCCCACCCACGCACGCCCUCGAGCUCUUUUGUUUUCCUCCUCCGGGUGAAUUACUUCGCUUCACCUCGCCGCGCGCGCGCUUUUUUUCGGUUUUUUUUUUUUUUUUGAAACUCCCCUCUUCCUGUCCGUCCCCCGCCUCCUCCCCCUCGUCCUCUUCCGCCGCCACAAGGAGUUGUGUGUGGGGAGGGGGGGAGGGGAAGUAGUAGAGGAGAGGAGAGUCGUUUCCGCCGGGGGUGGGGCCACCCCGCCGCAGCUGAGGGAGAGAAGUAAAGAGCGCGAAGGGAGAGAGCGGCCGGCCGAGUGAGCGGGGACAGCGGCAGCAACAGCAGGCGGCGGCGGCGGCGGCGAUCACCGACUCCGGUGCUCCCUUUCCCUCUCCCUCCCCCCCUCCGCCUCUCCUCCCCACCAGGCUCUCUCGCCUCACGCCGCCGCCAACAUGGAGCUCAUUACGAUCUUGGAGAAGACGGUCUCGCCAGGUAAAAACGGGGAGAAGGAGGGCUGGGCGGAGGCAGGGGAGGCGGCAUCCCGACAGGCCCCUCUCUCCAUGGGGAUGGGCGGGAGGCCAGGGGAGGAAAAACCAACUGCCUCCCCCCCCAUAUAGAAUAAUAUGUGGGGGGUGGGUGCUAUUUAAAGGUGGGUGGUCGAGGGGGAGAAAGGGGUGUCAAAGGAAUGCAUGGUCUCGGAAGGGAAAGGGAAGGCCACGGGGGGAGGGGGAAGCCGAGGAUGCCGGGCGUUUGGAAAAGGGGCUCCUGCCUUCUAGUGUGGGCAGCGAAGAGGUACGUUUUUUUGGGGGGGUCAAUGUUGGGGGAAGGACGAGGAAAGAGAAUGGGUGGGUGGGGGGAGGUCAGUUAGUUGGAUGGGUAUUUCCGCCAGCCCCACUGAAGCGGUGGGCCGAGAGUCGGUGGGUGCCCAGGCAGAAAGCUUCAUAUCCGCCCCUAUGUUGUUUAGGGGGGGUCCGUUGGGUGGUCUGAGUGGGUGAGGGGAGGGCGGGGGGAUACGAGCGAACGGCCUCUGCGUCAAGGGGGCAGCGAUGUGGGGCGGGGGGUCCUGUGCGAGGCGAGCAUGGAGGCGCCUCUCGUGGCACGAGGGAGGGAGAAGGGAAGGGUGGGGUGGAAGCUGCCUCUGCGAAAGGCGCCUCGGCAUAUGGCUGUGGGGCAAGCCGCCUUUUCUGCUCCUCGUGUGCGAAGGGCGACGGGUCUCCCCCCCCCGAUAUGUUCGCUUAGAGGGGGAGAGUGGGAAUAAGUCUUGUGUGAAUUGCGGGGUGGGUCGUGAGAGCGGGUCCCAGGCGGGGUCAGUAGAGGUCUGGGUGUGAGAUCAGGAUCUCUCGCAGCCUUUGACACUCGGACUGAGAUGUAGCGCCGGGGGAACUUGCACACUUACAUAAGAAAGCGGUCCAUGUGCAGGCCGGCAUUGGCCGAGGGUGGUCUUGUCUCUAGCCUGGGGUGCAGGCCCAAAGCGGAGAGGUGGGGUGGCAGCAAGAAGCGCCCCCGUGCUCAGAGCUGGCAGACUGGGGAAGUAGUCGCGGCCCAGCACAUGUUGGGGGAAGUUGAAUGCAUCUCUCCUCUCCCCCACUCCCAAAAUACGCUUCGAUUUGGAGGGAUGCGAUCUCGGGUCUCCAGAAGCGAGACUCUCGGGUGAUGCACACCGGACCCACUCGCUGUGUCGGGGAGGCGAUCUCCCCGCUAUCCCGCCUUUGGGGAGAGAAUGUAUCAUUUCUUUCUCUCUCUCUCUCCGCCCCCCCCCGGCCCGCCGUGAAUGGAACCGAGAAAGUGAAUUUCCCAGUCAUCUUGGGGUGCUUCUUGCUGAUAGAAACGAAGUUUGACUAGGAGGAGAAAGAGCUCCCGAGGCCCUCAGUAUCGGGAGGGGUCUGUUGCUGGACGCCUGGUAGGAAUGUGAGCAUGUGGGCGCUUCUAGAUUGGUGUGGGGUGUCAGCGCCUUGUUCAAGCAGUAGAAAGAGGGGCGAGCAGAUGGGGAAGUUACUGCUGAGCCGGAAUUGGGGGCCGCCACUGACACCCCCUCGUAUAUGUCCCCCUCCCGUCCUCCUAAUCCCCUGCAGAUUGCACCGAGCUUGAGGCAGCUCAGAAGUUCCUGGAACAGGCGGCCAUCGAGAACCUGGUAAGAGAAAAACCGGGCUUGGGCUGCCCUUGGGUGGGGUUUGGAAAAGCGAAAUCCCUUUCCUGUGUGUGUUUUAUUAUCAUUAUUUUUUUUAAAAAAAAAGCUAUAGCAGGCCGAACCGCCAUAGAGGGGCGCAGCCUAACUGAAGGGUUUUUUUCUCUUUUUUUCCCCUUUUUCUCUCUCGCUCUCUCUUUUUGGGGGGAGGGAGGGGGAAAUGCAGGAGGCAGCCAAUGGCAAGACUCCCGGGAGUCGCGCCACCCAAUCGUGAGGGCGCGCCGGGCCCGCGGGAGGGAAAAGGAAGGGGAGGGCGAUUUGGCUCUGCCGCGCUGCAUGCAUGGAGGGAAAGGCGGGGGGAGGAGGAUGGAUAGAUGAGGCCUGCGGGGGCCGGCCAUGUGGGGAAGCCGGCAUGAGUAGCUAGCUAGAUGCCGCCGGAGGAGGAGGAGGAGGCCGCCGCUGCAUGAAACGGGCCAGUCCGCCUAAGUGCUCGUAGGCGGGCCUACCUUAGGUUUCGUUUUUCCCUACUGGCUCCCCUCCCUAAUUUUAGGGCUUGCCGUGCUGGGCCUCCGAAUCUCCCUGCAUUUUACUUUCCGUUUCCAUUCUUUUGCAACUCCACCCCAUAGCCCUAUUCUUAAAACGUCUCCCUUGAAUUUGCAUGCUUUAUAAAUAAUAUUUUCCUCGUUUUCUUCGAGACUCUUUUUUGAAAUCUGUUGGUCUGUCUCUUAAUGCCCUCAGCACAUUUUUUCAGUUUCUAAAACUUUGUGAAAUAGUAAUUCAUUUCUGUAUGCAAAAGCCUUGCUUAAGAAGGCAAGUAGGGAUACAUUGUAAAAGGGGACACAGCCAAGUGGGUGUCCUGAGUAUGUCACCCACUAAACUAAUGUAGAAUGCAGCUUAGGUUAUGUACUUGAACUGACAGCACAUAAAGCAGUGAAGAAAAAUUCAGUUCACUGUAUAUUCUAGAAAGUAGGAGAGGAGAAAUGGGUAACUGAAGCCUUUUAUUGGAUCAAUUUAAGAUGAGUGUAUUGAAUUUAGCGGUUGAUCUCCACGCUGAAUGGAAAGGUGAUUGACAUUGCCUAGAUUAUUUGUUUUAAUAAAGGCAAAUGAGCCUGUGUUUCAGAUGAUGGACUACUUAGACAUGCAUACAUAUUUAGGAAAGAUUGUUCAACAUACAUUGAAAUCAGUAGUAGCAUGUCCCAAUUAGUUAUUAGACAGGUAUUACUGAGGUAGUGUUGCACGUUACAUUCAUUAUUUGAGAGAACCUUUAAGUGGCUCUUCAUAACUAACACGUCUUGGGCCCCUGCCUUUAAAAUCUGUGGGAAUACUCUUGAGGCUUUGGGUUGAAUCCAGCAAUCUUGGAGGCUUUCAGAGAAGUAUCGUUUCUGAAUUGCAUAUUAUGUGUUGCAUUGGCAUUGUUGGGUGAGUGAGUAACUUACUAGGCUUCAGGUGACAAGCUGUAUUCUAAUUUCCAUAUAGGUGCUUACCUGAAUCCUCCACCCCAUCCACCCUGUUUCUAUUUAAUUUGCAGGGUCAUGUUCUGUAGGUUGCUUUGCACUGAAAUAUUUGAUGUUAACACAUACUUGCUAUUUUUAGAGGUCAUGCUGUACUUUUUCUACACUGUAACAGUGAAAUAGAAAUAAAAGGAGUAAAGACAAGGGAACAUUCGUAUGUGUGUUACCUGAGCAGUGUCUUCCCGCCACCCAGUAGCGUUUCUGUGAAUAGCCUGACUGUUGCUUCUCUUUAAAGUUAAGCAACAGAGGGACUUUGAGAUGUUCUUGUAUGGUUUCAUACACCACCUGUGGAUAGACAGACAAUGUUCUUCUUGGGGUUAAAGCUCAUGAGUUAUAAAGAAGCAAGAAUGUUCAUGUGCAAGGUAAUCUGCACCAAAAUGUUCCUUUAGUGCUAUGCUGAUUUACUUCUUGUGCUGUGUAACGAAUGCCCUUGGCCCUGAAGAUCUUGCAUGUUUUAAAUUAAUGUUAAAGGUAACAUUAACUAUGUAAGACCCAUUGCCUAGCUAUCUCCCUGCCUUGCCACAAUGUUUUGGUUAAGGUGCAGCCCCCUUCCAAUCAAAGCAUCAUAUUUUAAAAAUUUAUCAGAGUUGCAUUCCACCCUCAUUCAAAAGUGUAUACAAGGUAUCCCAUUCUAUUCUCACAGUAUAUUUGAGAUACCUGGGGUUGAGGGACAGUGGUUGGCCCAAGACCAACUGGUGAGCUUUAUGACUCUGUGGAUUUGAAACUGGGUUUCACAAUUCAGUGUCUAGUGUACUAUUUGCUGCACCAUACUUGUUCUUACUGUGAGUCCUGCAAAGAGCUGAAAAAUAUUUGCAGGUCAUAUGUGCAAAGUGCACAGAUUUUAAGUGACCUAGGUCUAGGUGAUUAGGAGCCAGCUUUGCCACAAAUAGAAAUAAGUUAAUAAUUGAGUGCUAUCACAACUUUUAGACAUCAGUGACAUUCCCCUAGUGUCUGUGAAUUGAGCAUAGACUUAAAACCUUGUGUGUUAGAGAUGGGAAGGACAGUGCUUUCAGAACUUGUUUUGUCAAGGCGGUUUGUAGCUCUGGCCUUACUUGCACUCCCUGAGGUGAAGUCCUGUGUUGCAGUACUUUAGGAUUGUUUUAAGUUUUCUUCCUGGACUGCCAUUUACCAGUAUAACGUUCGCUGCCCCUUGAAUUCAGAGUUCCACACUCUGCAUAAAAUGCAGUGUGAUUUUAUUUUUUUAGGACAGAAUGAUAACUGGGUGGAGGAGGAUCAGGAGAUUGCUGCACAGCAGAGAGCAGGACUGAGUCAGGUUCUACAAUACACGGUUAAAUGCAUCCUAACCUUAAUUUACCCCUCUAUAGAUCAGCUUCAUUGCAAAAUUGCAACCAUCCCUCUUCACCUAAGCUCUCUAAAGUUAUCCUUUUCAGCCAUAUAAACACUUACCCAAGUUGCUUUCUAUCUACUCACUUGUCAACUGCUCAGAGUUUUCUCUCAUAUUGUGUAUGAGAGGGGUGAAUCGCCAUAAGCAUUCCAUAACCCUGCGUAGUUCAAAUGGGAGGUGCAUGUGUGACGUGUGGACCGCAUGUCUAGACUUGCUUCUUGUACCACCCGAGUUCAGGCUAAGGAAGUUCAUACUGGGUGGAUUUAAGGGCAGGGUAUAAGGCAGAGUUUGGCAAUAUUUUGUGGCCUGUGGGCAUAUUUGGAAACGAGAGAAAUUAUCAUAGGCAACAAACACAUGCCACAGCCGAAAACACACAACAUCAUCUAUUGGCUACAACAGAAUGCUGCUUUUGUGCCUAAUUUCACUGGGGGGGUUUACCCUGUGGGUGCCAGCGCAUGUGUGCACACAUGUGCAACUGCAGGAACCACAUUAGUGACCCUUGAUAUGUGAGAUCGUGUAAGAGCAUCUUGAGCUGGUGUAGGAUGAGGGAAAUUGGUUGAAAGAUAGAGAACGGAUUGGGAUUCUACAGGAAAGCUGAGAAAAAUUCCAACGUUCCUGUUUAGGGACCAGCCGUGGAUAGAGUAUGGGGGUGGAGAGGCUGAGAUAUGAAUAAUACCCAUGGGGAUUUGGAUUUGUUUUUCCUUUAAACAGAUACCCUCCAAGCUGCAUAACAAGUCACUUUUUGAAAGUGAGGAAAUUUCCAAAAGCAGUUAGUAAUAUGUCAUGGGUUUGUAUGUAAUUUCCAUACAAAGAAAGUAAAAAAAUUAUAAUAGGCAGCCCCAAUCCCUCAAGCACUCUGAAAUACUGACAAGUCUGUGAUUCGUAGACACCAGUACCAAGCUUUCAGGUGUCACUAUACUAAGAUUCCUGGAUCUUUGUGACCUGGCUAUGCUCCUCCAUCAAACUGGCCUGAGGAUGUGCCUUAAGUAAGCAUUGCAGUUUGUGCCAUUGGAUGUUCAACCACCCACCCUGUGCUGUCCCACCGUCUGCACAUCCAAACUGGGUAAAUAAAACUUGACAAAUAUCCAAACUCUACAACCUACCCUUUACCAUUUGCUGUUUUUCUUUUCAUGAUUUCUCUUCAGCCAUCCAUUACUAGUCUGCCAGUGCACUCCAGUGUCACUGAAAAUAAAGGGGGAUUUAAAUCUGCCAAGUGCUUUUGAGCAAAUUGCAGUUUAACACCCAUCCUGGUUUGUUGCUAGAAUUUUAUAGAGCCAUCCUAGUUGAAUGUUGGCUAAAUAUUUCCCAGUUCGUUCAUCAUAUUAACACAUGAAGACCUUUGGGUGACAGUUUCCUUAUUAGGAGAUCAUGUUCGAACAUGCAGAACAACUCCUGUGUCCUUCGGCAAAUUGACUGCUUUAAAAGCCACUGCUAGCUACUUCUAGUAAUUAGUUUGAAGUCACAUUUCUUUUACAGCAGGGCAGUCAGCACUGAGAUGUCUGGAAAAGCCCCUGAGUCAAAAAGGACACAAUUGAUAGUAACUUUGUGUACUUGCAUAGGGUGGAAAUGCUACUGAUACUCAGUGUAGCUGCACUGAAGAUAGUUAGCAUGACUAAUAUUAGUUUCAGUAGGUCUAUCUUGAAUAGGACUUGGUUGGAUACCAUGCAUUCAUUUGCCUACCGUAAAGAUCAUGUGCAAAACAACAGUUGAUGGAUAUGAUGUACUUACCUUCUUCUUCUGUUGGUAUUAUUAUUAAUGCCUUAAUUAUACUGACUUGAGGGUAUAAAUUUUGACUCUGUAUUAUGAGCAUUAAGAAGUAAUUGUGGAUUUGCUUAGUUGCUAUCUACUAUGCAGACCCAGGGGUGGGGAACUUCCUGCCUAGGUCUGUCAGGCCUCCCCAUUUGGUCUGCAAGGCUGUUAUGACCAAGCCACACCCAUUUGCUCUGAAUCGGUGUGGGGCAGGUAAAGAUGUAGCUGGACUGGAAGGUGGAGUGCAGGCACUGACCAUCUACUGAUUGGUGACACCUGCAAUACCUGUGCACACAGCUUUGUAGGCUCAUCGGAACUUGGAAAGCACAGUGCUUUUGCCUGCAUGGUUUAAAUUCACAUUGCACGGGCAAAAAGAGGUCACCUGACUGCAUUGUGACUUCAGGUGAUGGAUAGCUCCAGUUCCCCAUCCCUGAUGUAAACGGCUUAUGCCCACCUUCUCCUGCAACCCUGUUACAAUCCUGUUGUACAACUUUGUAGGAAAUUCUGCAUAUUUGGGUUGAGUUGUAGUAGUCUAGUCCUAAAAGAAUCUGCUUAGCAACUCAAGGAGAGAACUGGAAUUGGGAUGGUUCUGCCAUAUAGCAGAAUGUAGCAACUUGUUUCAGGUAGUAUCAAGAAGUGGGAUAGACAGCAGUGUCUGAAUGCUGCAACAAGCCCCCUUAAAAUGUUGGCCCUACUAGGGUAGAGUGAAAUGAGGAUUGUUCCAUUUUGGCUCAAGCAGAAUAUCUUGAGCUGCAAUGGUCAUACAUACUAUCUCAGCAAUGGUGAAAUCAGAAAAUAAAUUUCCAUGCAAUAGAGUAUGACACUUGAGAGAUGUAUUCAAAUACUGUAUGAGCUUGAGCAUGGAAUCAUUGACUGACUUUCAGCAGGUUGCUGUGUGUCAGUUCUUAAUCUAUAAGGUAGGAGUAACCAGAGGUUGCUUGCACUAUUUGUUUCACAGUUAUAUAAAUUACUACUAAGAAGGACUAAACAUGUAUGAUAUUACAUAUUGAGGUGUGUAUGUACUUUCAGCUUGGGAAAGGUAAGAUUCUUCCAUUCUGGUUUUUGACCCUUAAAUUCAACUGUAAAUGCUGUCACAUUCAUGCAAAGGUUAGAGUUUAGGCGUAACUACUUCUUCACUCAAGGAAAGAUGCAAGCUAGCUUCAGUUACUGAAUUGUAUUUACCUCUCUUUUUUUGGCCAGCCCACUUUCCUUGUGGAACUGUCCAGAGUGCUGGCAAACCCAGGGAACAGCCAGGUUGCCAGAGUUGCAGCUGGUUUGCAGAUCAAGAACUCUCUGACAUCUAAAGACCCUGAUGUUAAGGCCCAGCACCAGCAGAGAUGGCUUGCAAUCGAUGCCAAUGCUCGUCGAGAAGUCAAGAAUUAUGUACGUAAAAAAUACAGCAUUUUUGCUUUUCUUCCCAGUUGUGUUUGUUCAACCACCCUGUUAUUCUAUAGUAAAUGCAGAUCAUGCAUCUACAUCUGUGUUUUGAGACCUUGCUUCUCAGUUUACUUUUCUCUUGUUUAUUUCAAAGUCAAAGAAUCUGUUCGGUCUCUGGCGUGUGAGAUUGUUUUCUCAGCUUAAAGAGAUUUCUUACGGUGACCUCUGGGAUCCUAUAAUAAAAUUGAAAGUCCCAUGCCCAGAAGAUCUGUGUGAUCUAGUAAUAUAGCUGAAAGUCCCCUCUGUCCUUGUACCAACAGUAUUCCAAGUGUGGCGGCCUCAUCUCUUGUUCCUUUCCCAUCUCCUUACAGGUUUUGCAGACCUUGGGUACAGAAACCUACAGGCCCAGCUCAGCAUCACAGUGCGUUGCUGGCAUCGCCUGUGCAGAGAUCCCCAUGAAUCAGUGGCCUGAACUUAUUCCGCAGCUGGUAGCCAAUGUUACAAAUCAGCACAGCACAGAACAUAUGAAAGAGUCGACAUUGGAGGCCAUCGGCUACAUUUGUCAAGAUAUUGUAAGUGCCUACUGAGUCUGCUGUGCUAAAAUCUGCUGCUUUUCCCCCCUGCACCUGCUCCUGCUCUGCUCCUCUGCUCUUUAGUGGCUUAAUUUGAAUCUGAACUGCCACUCGGUGGGCUCAUCCCCCAAAUCAGUUAUGUUGUGUGUCUGCCACUUCGUCACACCAAGGUAAAAACUAAUCUGUAGAACGUGGUAUCUGUGUUCUACAAUUUCAUGAAGGAAAGCUCUUACAGAAAGUGUGUGUAGAUGUGAGUGUGUGCCAACAGAGGGAAGACUGCUGUGGGAGUGGGGUUCUCAUUUCUUUUUUUCUGCUUCACUUCCAUCUCCACCAUGCCUACUGCUAGAGCCAGUGUGGUGUAGUGGUUAAGAGCAGUAGUCUCGUAAUCUGGGGAACCGGGUUUGCGUCUCCGCUCUUCCACAUGCAGCUGCUGGGUGACCUUGGGCCAGUCACACUUCUUUGAAGUCUCUCAGCCCCACUCUCCUCACAGAGUGUUUGUUGUGGGGGAGGAAGGGAAAGGAGAAUGUUAGCCGCUUUGAGACUCCUGAAGGGGAGUGAAAGGCGGGAUAUCAAAUCCAAACUCUUCUCUACUGUUGCACUGGUCCUCUUGCCACAAAUUUCUUCUUGUUCCUUUUCCUCUGCUGCGCCACUGUUCUUCAAGGAAAAAAUGCUCUGUUCUGGGAACCUAAAUGUUUGAGGACUUUCGCUUGUGUUCCCUACAAGAUCAGGCAUGCUGCUGACCCAGAGUAACUAGAUACAUUUGUUAUGGAGAAAGAGGCAUGCAUUUAUUCUGUACUUGCAUAGAACAUCUGUCCCUGUAGGUUAGAAGUCGUAAGUGAAUUGGGUGCUUAGCUGUUCUGUGAGAUACCUCCAUGCUGGUUGUGAUCUAGCAAAGAAUCUCCUCUUGACAUUUUUUGCUUAUUUUGAUUCCUGUUUUUAGGAUCCAGAACAGCUUCAGGACAAGUCUAAUGAGAUAUUGACAGCCAUUAUCCAGGGCAUGAGGAAAGAAGAGCCAAGUAAUAAUGUGAAGCUAGCGGCUACCAAUGCACUCCUUAACUCUUUGGAAUUCACCAAAGCAAAUUUUGACAAAGAGGUAAGUGGUCAGAUGUUAGUGCGGUGGAGAGUGAGUGUGGCUGAAGAGGGAAACUAAUGGGACAUGAGAAAUAAAUCCAUGGUCCGUGAUGAGAAACCAUGCACCACUCUGAGUUUUGAUGCAUUCCCAUUUCUGCUGAGACUUGGAUUUAUGUGUUAGCAGCCUGUUAUGAGAAGCAUAAUCCUAUUGCAGUGGUGAAGAGUGAAUACUAAAUCGACUAAAAUUGUAACUCUCAAAUAAUCCUGUGAAUUUUAACUGAUAUGCUACCGGAGGCACUCUAGGAACUCUGUAAAAGAGUUUUGCAGCUUGUAAGCUAGCACCUCCUUCCAUGCCCUUGAGUACAUAGUACAUAGGGAGCAAAGCAGUCUCUUGGGUAUUCAGGGCCUGCAAUUUGCUUCCUAAGCAGUCUGUGCUCUGAAGCCUAGUUUGUGUGUUCUUCUCCAUCUUGGGGUGUGAUACUGCCUGUGGGUGAAUUCCUUUGUCUGAAUUUGCUGCGUAACUAUUUCUCAGGCAUUGCCAGUGUAUUUCAGGCAAGAGCUAUGUUUUAGCAUUUUUGGAAAAGUAGUGCAGACCAGCUUAUCAGUCAGUACAGGCAAUGUCAUCCCUGCCCUGAGCCUUUGGAAACCAUUAAAGCUGUCUCUGGAAUGGUGAUUGCAGGGGCCAGGUUUUAGGGUUUCCCCCCCUUCUUUUAAUUGGUUGAGGCAUGGAAGGAAGCUCUCAGGUAGCCUAAAUGCAGAUCUGUAAUCCUUGCCUCUUCAAUGUAGAGGCUUUCGGAAAGAACGAGAGAACCUCUCCGAAUGGGUGCAAAUCAUUUAUUUCAGUUUUCUACACCCGAGGAAUAAUUGCUGAAGUAAUCUUCCUUACCUUUUGGUAUCUAACUUUACCAGAAAACGUAAAGAUUAAGAAUUAAACUACUUAAUUAGCCACUUAAAAAAUAGAAAUAACUGCAGUGUUCUGGGAAGACAAUUGGGGUUUUUAAAAUCUUGCGGAGUCAGUUGGUACUUAGUAGUCUAACCCUUUUCUAUUUUGUGAAAAUGAGAAGUCCUGUUUUUAACAAGUCUUAGUUUAAAAAAAACUUAUUUCUAGCCUAUUAUAUUAAAAAACUCAAAUAAUUACUGGGAAAAGAAACCAGAGUGACCAAAUAUCGGAGCCUACCUUUUCACGUGGAAAGCAGAGUGAUGAAACCCUGAUUUGCUUUAUAUCCUGCAGUUUUUUAAUCUGGUCCUUGACUUAAAUGAACACAAGUCAAAAUAUAUUUGAUCAUGAUACCCUCAGCUUUCUUUUUGUAUAAGCAUAUUGCGUAUAGGUGACAAUGGUGGCUGACCUGUUUGUCAAAGCUGUCGGUAGGAAGAGGCAAUAAUUUAUGCCCUAAGCAUGCAAGAGUUUGAGCCUUUUCUGACCAUUGUCCAUGCUUCACUGGUGGGUUGCCCAUAUAUUGAGAACCACAGCUGGCAAGAAAAACUGAAAUUGUCAGUGUUGUAGUACACUGUUUUAUUUUGGAAACAAAAUACUUUAUUGCCAGGAAGCUUUGAAACUUCCAGUCCUAAUCAUCUCUGUUUCUCUCUUCUCUCUCCCUAUUUCCAGUCUGAAAGGCACUUUAUUAUGCAAGUAGUCUGUGAAGCAACACAGUGUCCGGAUACAAGGGUAAGUUAAGUCCUAAACUGUUGUCAAUAGUAACUGAUAGUAGUUCUGGUCAGUGUUCAAAACUCCCACUGCUCUAGGUGCGUUUUGCGACAGGGAAUUUCAUUAGUGUGAGCAGUUUCUGAGCUAUGGGCGCAGUACCACACCUAAGAUUUCAGAUUAAAACUGCAGAGUGGAAGGAAAGGAGGACCUUUUUCUGCCUCCUCACUUCCAGCUACUCUCUGAAGACUGGAGAAGAGACCCUCUUAAGAAUAUUAGGGGGGCGGGCAGGGGUAGGACUAGAUCAUGUGAAAAAUGAACAUAAUAUUUUAGCUGCCGUUCAUUCAUUUUCAACUUUGUAUUCUUGUUAUAAAAAAGUGUGCCUAGACACUCCGUUGUUGCGCCUAUAACCUAGGUUUAAGGUGCCAUUUAGCUCCUAGCUUUCAUAUCUCAGUUUCUAGCACUGGUCCUGGUAUUAUGGAACUAGUCAGAGCAUACUUUUUUCUCCAAAACGAGCAUGAGAAAUGUCUUUAAAUAAUCCUGUUUUUAAUUGUCCUUUAAUCAAGAUAAUCAAUAUAUGUGGUGCUUUAGAGUUGUGUACACAAAACAAAAGGCAUGUAUCUGUCCCCAAGGAACUUGCAAUCUAAAUUGACAGUGGCGCAGACAACCGAAGAAUGGGGAAAGGACAUCUGGGUAGGCAAAGUAUUAAUGUGAGCAAAUCCCAUUGUGCACCCUUAAGAUAGGUUGCAGUUGGAGAUGCGGGUUAAAAGGCUUGGAGAGAUUUGAGGAGGGGCUUGAUGUGGUCUGAGCAAUGGGAGAAACGAAUGAUAUCAGCAGUGGCGUUUUGGGUAGAGGUGGGAGGGUUGAUGCAGGCAGGUCAGAGAAAAGGAAUGUAAAGGCAGGAGAUGGCCAGAGCAUGGACCACAGUUUUAGCCAAGGGACUUCAAGAGGUGACAUUUUUGCCAUUCAUCAGCAAGAAGCAAUACGAUUUAGCAACAUAAUUGAACAAUUGGGGAGAGGAACACAAACGAGUUAAGUAUAAUGCUAGGGAUGCAAAGCUUUGUUUCAGUUGCAAGCAAACAUGAUCUACACCUGCAGAGGUGAUGCUUGCCAGUUGCUAUCAAAGGUCUGUCUAGCCCAUCAUUCUGUUUCCAGCUGUGACAGCCAGAUGCUGCUCAGAAGCUGGUAAGUAGGUGGAAUAGCAGUGCUGCUAUUUUGGCAGUGGCAGGUAAUCCGGAUCAUGCUUCCAUUUUCAGCUCUGGCAGCUAGUAAGUCAUUGGUUCAUACCUCUUGUGAAUUGCGGUGUUGGGUUUUGCAGUUGGAUCUCUCCUGAGUAUAUGUGGCUGCCUCAUUACCACGAUUGGCUGUCUACUGGGAAUGGGUCUGAUUGUGAACCUUUGUCUAUUCUCGUAACUUCAGUUAUGGUGAUUGUCCUAACAGACUGCAGAUACGGAGGUCAUGUGGCCCCAUAAUUAUGCAGGCUGCAACCCUGCUGGUUCCAAGAGGCCACUGGAGGGGAUGUGCUACAUUGAGCACUAGCACAAGACUCCUUGCCUUUGGUGAAAGCUUUUUGGUGCUUUGUCUGCAGCAUUAUUAUGAAAUAUAAGGUGAAUACAUCUGAUAAUUCACCAUAGGAACAAAAUAAGCUAUACUUGAUCAAGUCAUCUUUAUAUAUAUCUAUAAUAUUUAUUAAGUUUUCAUUUUACAAUAUUUAAACACCUUCAUUUUCACAUUAUUUUUGCUCAUAUGAGCUAGUUGACUUCUGCCCCUCCCGUCUCAUGGUUACUUUAAUUUUUAUUUUGUCAUUUUAUUUUAUUUUGUGCUUCUUCCUGAUUACGUUUCAUCAUUUCCGAUUACAAUUUUUUUAAGAAUAUGUAAAAAGGUAUAAUUUUCAUCAUUACAAGUCUUAUUAAGUCAAUCCUGCUAGCAUUCUUAAUUGUUUACUUGAUCAAGUCAUCUAUCUUUAAGGCAGCUUCCAACAGGUCGCACACAUAGGUUAUCAAGUGGUUGUUACAUGGUAGCAUCCUUCCUGCCAAACGGUGAAUUCUGCAGCUGGUUGGAAGUCUGGAGGAGGAAAUUGGGAGUCAUCAAUUUCUCCUUGCCACUUGGCAGGAUCACUAGCUUACCAAGAGAUUCAAUGCAUCAAAUCCUCAACGCGUUAAAUUGUUGCUUGGCAAAUGAUUGUACUUAUUUGUCCAUAACCGAGUAUGAUUCACACGAGCAUUUUGAAGUGAUGCCCUGCGGCAAUUUUCUUCCCUGGUGUUGUGACAAAGCAGUCUUGUGGGAAAUCGUCCUGGGUUGUGACAAAGUAAUCGUGUCUUGAAAAAUAAUAGAAAAUGAGCAUUUAAAGAGCUUGGCUGUGUAGGCAUUCCAUAAGAAUGGGUGCUUUAGAGUAAGGCAGGUUGCCUUUCUUCCAAGCCUUUUCAGAAUGCUGUGAGAAGAACCCUGGCAAAAUGGCAAAGCUUGUGGCAUUGCUGCUUUUAAUUCACUGCAGUGAUACUAUGGUCGACUUCAAUGGUUAUUUUUCAUAGCUAGGAAGGCUCACAUUUUCAUUACUAUGACACUUAUUAAAAAUACCAUAGGAAGGCUAUUUCUCUGGUACAGUGUGCAAAAUGCUUUACAUUCCUCUUUUUGUUCCAGUCUCCCAGUAGUUUUUCCCCCCAUUUAGAAUUGGGAAGCAGACCAUGAAUUGCUGCUUGGUCAACCAGUGCAGUAUUAACUGCAGAUUUUUUUGGGAUCCAUGUUCCACUGCUUUAACUGGUGCAACAAUAAGCUUUUUUUGCUUCCACAAAGCAUCCAUGGAGGUAAUGGGUCCUGUCUUUUUAUUUGCCUUUAGGUGCGAGUAGCUGCCUUACAGAACUUGGUGAAGAUUAUGUCCCUCUAUUAUCAGUACAUGGAGACGUAUAUGGGUCCUGCACUUUUUGCUGUGAGUAUUCAAGCCUGGGAAUCAAGAACGGAAGUGUAGGUACUUACUGUAGGUGCGUUGCUUUAGUAAAGCAGCAACAAUGAUCUCAAAUGCCUUCUCUCUCUCCCUCUCCAAAGAUCACAAUUGAAGCUAUGAAAAGUGACAUUGAUGAGGUAGCUCUACAAGGAAUUGAGUUCUGGUCAAAUGUCUGUGAUGAAGAAAUGGACCUCGCUAUUGAGGCGUCAGAGGUGAGUGAUCAGGGGGUGACAGUUCUAACUUUCUGUAGCAGCCUUCGGUCCAUGAUGAGACACCAUGCACCACUCUGACUAAAGUGAUGCGACGACCUAUAACGCUGAGACCGAACUUUCCUAAGAGCAGGAGGUGCUAUUAGCUUUGAAGGAGACAGGGCUUACCGUAUGUCCUGCUUAAGAGGAUAUUGCUGGACCCAAAAAUAAAGAUAACCAUUUGUAGUGCAGUGUUAUACCUUAAAGUACAAGCAAUAAGUGAUCUACAAGUGUCCAAUUGACACGUGAUGGCGCAUUGCAGCAACCCGGAAGUGGCCGGAAAGGGGGGCAAGGGGGGCUUAUGUUUGCCCCGCCAAAGUGCCCAAGAGUCAAGAAUGUUACCCCUGCACAGAUUGGUUGCUGCCUGCAAAUACAAACAGAACAAUACUUGCAGGGGGAAGGAGGUUUGGGGGAAGAGGGAGGGGAUAGGCUUUGGUACUGCCUACUAGGAAUAUACUGCAUGCAAAUAUUUCAAGGUGCAGAUCCAGAUGUCUGGGUGCUUGGUAUCUUUGUGUCACCUGCUGAAGACGGCUUUUUUGUAUGCUGCAAGAGUAAGUCCUCUGACCCCUGAGCAUUUUGGAGAUGGGGGCACCUAUUCCUUCCAGUGUAGAUCACACUUUUAGCCACCAAGAGGAUACACAAAGUCCUAUUACAUUGCACCACCAUCAAGAUCCGUAGCACUGGAAUAUAAUUGAAUGUAAUGUGAGCAUCUUGAGAUUUUUAGUGAUUUCCCUAGGAUCACGUUAACACGGAUAAUGACUUCUGCCAGAAUAGGCUCACUUAUAGGGCAUGACCAGAUCAUACAUUUCCUUCCAAACUAUAAGCAGCAACCAAGAUUUGGUUUUGACUUACCACUUGUUCAGCGAAAAUGAUAAGCCCAUGUCCAGACAACAUGGCAACCCAGACUCUGGCUUGUUUUGUUUGUGAGGGGGAUGUGUAGCAGGUUUUCUUAGUUUUAAACAAUGGUUUAAUAUGAUAUGUGAACUGGGCUUAGGUGAUCUUCAGAGAGCCCAGGUGGUAUUUAAAGUUUCAAUUAAGCAAGCCAAUUUCAAAUGGAUGAUUGAAACUAAUGGAAAUGUGUGUGGGUUUUGUUUUUAGGCAGCAGAGCAAGGAAAGCCACCGGAGCAUACCAGCAAAUUCUAUGCCAAGGGUGCACUUCAGUACCUUGUCCCAAUUCUCACGCAGACACUGACCAAACAGGUAAGUGAUGGGUAUGCCUGCGUCACUGUGCACUGUUAGUGUGGUUAAGGGCCUGUGGCAGCAGUUCUUGUAAGUUUGAAGGAACAGCGUUGGAAUAUCUCCUGCUCCCCUGAAAAUAAUAGUGUGGUCUUAACAAAAUAACGUUCCCCAUUCUACAGAGGACUGCCUUUUCCUAUGACUUGCUAUUGUACAAGCCAUGGCAGUCUUUGGUCUGUGGUGAGAUUGCAUUCACUCUACUCAUCAGCAAUGUCCCACCACCUCUACUUGUUGCCAUAUAGAGGCUCAGAACUCUUGAGUGCUCUCCACUCCAUCCAAUAGGAGGCAGUCUCUUUGAAUGAACACUCUGCUCAGGGCUGGACCAGGAGGUGUCUUGCGCGUCUCAAAAACUUUUUAUUUCUAGCAAACACAUAAGUAAUACUUCAGUUUUGUUGACCUGAAGCUGUCCCUUAAUAUAUGCUACUCUUUUAUAUUAAGCUGUUACAUCUGAGUUUUUAAUUAAAAACUACAAAAUGGGAGCUUCAGGAGGAUUGUGUAUAGGCAAUGGGUCUUUUCGGUUCAAAUUAAGCUUCUUCGUAGUAUUAAAAGUAUUACUUGUACUGUAUAGAGCAGUUACCACAAGAGUGCUCUGUUUAUAAAGUAGCUUUCCAGUUUCUACUGGGAAAGUAGUCAACAUUGCUUCAUGUGUGUGGUAACCAACAUUUUUUUUGCCUUGUGAAAUUGACUCAGCCGUACCUUGGAAGUUGAACAGAAUCCAUUCCAGAAGUCUGUUCGACUUCCAAACAUUCGGAAACCCAAGCAUGGCUUCUGAUUGGCUGCAGGAAGCUCCUGCAGCCAAUCAGGAGCCGCAGAAGCCCCGUUGGACAUUUGGGUUUCAAAGAACGUUUGCAAACCAGAACACUCACUUUAGGGUUUGCAGUGUUCAGGAGCCAAAAUGUCCGAAUAUCAAGACGUUUGGGAGCCAAGGUACAACUGUAGUUUGCUUUGGCCUGGAUUCUCAGUUCUACCUACUAGUUUCAAAAAUGUCAUGCCUUGCUUACUUAGUCCAACAGAGAUGGAUUUGGGUGUUGUCCCUUUCACCUUAGGAUGAGAAUGACGAUGAUGAUGACUGGAACCCCUGCAAAGCUGCCGGGGUCUGCCUCAUGCUCCUGGCCACUUGUUGUGAAGAUGACAUUGUUCCUCAUGUUCUGCCCUUCAUCAAAGAACACAUAAAAAACCCAGACUGGCGAUAUAGAGAUGCUGCAGUCAUGGCAUUUGGAUGCAUUUUGGAAGGACCAGAGCCCAACCAGCUCAAACCCCUUGUUAUUCAGGUAAGAUGUUGCAGUAGUGCAGGGGGGGGGCUUGAACUUUGGAGCCACGAGGGCAUACAUAGUAUUGGCAUUGGCUUGUCCAUUUGUCCAGUUGCUUAGAUUUGACUAGAAAACAUCUCACUGCACUCUGUGAAGUAGGAUAUACAUAGGGGCCAUAUGUGGUCCUUGGUCACCAGUAAAAAUGUGAUGUGUUUUUUUAAAAAAAACAUUUUAUUACAAUGAAACAAUAAUCUUACAAAUGCAUUCUGAAAUAACCCAUAAAAGACCAAAUCAUAGCAAUAUAAACCAAACACAUUUGUCACAGGUGGCAUAAUAAAAAAAAGAAUCAGCAUAACAAUUCAAUAGACCUUGGCUCUUGUAUAUGAGAUGUCAACAAACAAGACAUCAACAAACAGCAAGACAAUUUGCUUCAGAUUCCCUUUAAUUACCAGAUGUGCCUUCUUUCUACAAAAGUCAAAGGCCCUGAGGAACAUGAAUAAGCUACACAUUGUGUGCAUUUCUGUGUAGAUCAUGAGUCAUGUCUGACAGUAGGAAAUACUGUAUGGACUUUCCUUUAUUUUUGGUAGAAAAGGUGGUAAAAUUUGUUGCCACAGGGAAGUUUUAUAUCCCUCCCCAAAAAGAAUACCAUGGCAAGAUGAGCUAUUGGCCAGAGAAGAACAGCUUGUUCCCCUACCCCUGCAAGAUCAGAAAGAAUGUCCCUUCGCCAAUUAUCUAAAAAGCGUUAUAUAAAUAUAAAAUAAAGAGUAUUGACUUCUUAAUUAUCCAUUUCUCUUCCAGGCUAUGCCUACCCUAAUAGAAUUAAUGAAGGACCCCAGUGUAGUAGUAAGAGAUACAACUGCAUGGACUGUGGGUCGGAUCUGCGAGCUGCUCCCGGAAGCAGCCAUAAACGAUAUUUACCUCGCUCCACUGUUGCAGUGUCUAAUUGAAGGCUUGGGUGCAGAGCCUAGAGUGGCCUCCAAUGUAUGCUGGGUAAGACAGAAUCCUUUUUCUGUGGUGAGGCUUCAUCAGAAGAAAACGACUAGUAUUUGGGAAGCAGCAGCUGUGCGGAGUCAAAGUGGUGGGGUUGCGUUGCUUUUAUUGGUGCAAUAUUGGGAAGUGACUUUGUGUUUAGGUUUUGUACAAUGCACACCUGGUUCAGCCAGUGGGGCAGGAAACCACUUAGGACUUGUGCUGAUUCUAAGUUGUGGUGACUACUGUUUUAAUUUGAUUUUAUAUAAUGGGGAUAAGGGAAGCAAAGGAGAGGUGUAUGGAGUCAGAUUCAAAUGAAAACGAUUGUCUGCUAGCGGAACAUGCUUUCCUGAAACAGUGUGCUCCUUCUAAGCUGUUGACAUCUGCUGUCUUUCAGGCUUUCUCUAGUUUGGCAGAAGCUGCUUAUGAAGCUGCUGAUGUGGCUGAUGAUCAGGAGGAGCCUGCAACGUACUGCUUAUCCUCAUCAUUUGAACUAAUAGUUCAGAAACUAUUAGAGACCACUGACAGGUAAUGAAGCCUGUAGGCUGUGAGCCGUUGCCCUUCUGUAAAAAGGUAAAGGGACCCCUGACCAUUAGGUCCAGUCGUGACCGACUCUGGGGUUGCGGCGCUCAUCUCGCUUUAUUGGCCAAGGGAGCUGGCGUACACCUUCUGGGUCAUGUGGCCAGCAUGACUGAGCCGCUUCUGGCGAACCAGAGCAGCGCACGGAAAUACCGUUUACAUUCCCGCCAGAGCGGUACCUAUUUAUCUACUUGCAUUUUGAUGUGCUUUCGAACUGCUAGGUUGGCAGGAGCAGGGACUAAGCAAUGGGAGCUCACUCCGUGGUGGGGAUUUGAACCGCUGACCUUCUGAUCAGCAAGUCCUAGGCUCUGCGGUUUAACCCACAGCUUCAAACUCCUUAGAUAUUUCUGUUGAGAAGGUAGGCCUAGUAAAACCUGGUUAAGGCAAAAUAUCAGUAAACUUCCAUAGAGGUUGAACCAUAUGCAUCCACAUGAGUGCAGGAAAAGCACAGAAUGCAGCUUCCUAAAAAGGAGUUGGCGUUCAUACACACACACGUGCAUAUACAUAAAAUGCACAUCGUUGCACAGUUAUGCACAAUGCCGUGUGCACAGUGUAUUCAGAAUUUCAGAAGUCAGAGUGACUGAAUAAGUUUCUGCUGCAUCCCUCUCAGGCUCUUUGCCCUUACAUAUGACUAGCAGAAGCAGCAGGGUUUUCUGUAAAAUAAUAAAAUAUGCAGAAUCAUAUGAAAUCAUGCAAGUUUGUUUAACAUGCAUUGAUUGUGCAGGUUGCAAAAUUCCUUUUCUCUCAUCAUAGAAAAUGGGAUAUCCUGGUACAGAAAUGGUCCAGAAUGGGAUAUCCUGGUUACAGCUGUGGUUUUCUUAGCAUAGGGUGUGGGCAGCCCUAGGCAUAGGCGCCUUGAAGCUUGAGUUUUAUAAUGUCACAGUUCCAAAAGGGAACUUUACUUCAGGCAGAGAGGAAAGGUAGCUAACUUCUCUUAAGUACUAGAGCAAAAUUGGAUUGCAAAAUCAUAUAAACUAAAGCAAGUCAAAGCAUUUGGUUAGCUGGCUGUGCGCUGUCUCAUACUUGGCAACCUUUCAUUGUAUGCCAACCUGAGAUCUUGUGCAUAUCUACCUUAAUAUGGUCUUUUAAAAUACCUUGUCUUGCCCAUUUAUGCAAUGUACAGCAGCUUUUGCCUACUUUGUGCCCUCCAUAUGUUUUUGGACUGCCACUCUCAUCACACCCUCCAACAUGAAAGUACUUUAUGGGCUUUCAGCAUAUUUCUGGAUUGAGCUAUGAUCAUGCUUUAUACUUCAAAAAAUAAUUGGCUGAGUUGACUGCUUAAAUGUUCCCGGCCAUGGCCCCCCCCCAGCCACCGGAUUGGCUGGCUGGCGAUGAUGUGGCCGGGAUCCCCCGGGCAACACGGGACUUCGUCCCCCGGAGGAGAGGGGGUGGCUACGGAGUCCACUGCAACUCCUCCCCACAGGUAAGUGGGGCAGACUUUCUGAAAUAGCUCUGUUGUCGUGGAAUUGUAGAAGUGAGGAUAAAAGCACUCUGGCCACCCCUGCCAGGCAGUGGUACCUGUGCCAACAAGAAGAGCCCCUUUUUCCUAAAAGACCCUUAUGGCAAAGGAAAGAUUGAGCAUGGCCAGACUGCCCAAUUAACCACAUUUGUUGCCUGCUUGGCUCUUCCCAUUUCUUUCAGUUUGAUCUGCCUUUAAUGGUCUUGCUAUCCACAUUUCAGUUAUGCCGGUAGAGAGGUGGACAAAAGUUAAAUCAUGCCAUGAUGGUUAGCAUUUAACUUGAAUUGUGUUCUCUAGGUGGUUAAAAGCAAUCUUUUUCUUUCUACUUCAGGCCUGAUGGACACCAGAAUAACCUAAGGAGUGCUGCUUAUGAAGCUCUGAUGGAAAUAGUGAAAAACAGUGCCAAGGACUGUUACCCUGCUGUUCAGAAGACAACUUUAGUCAUUAUGGAACGGCUACAGCAAGUGCUCCAAAUGGAGGUUAGCUGGAUGGCAAAAAAGUGUUGAUGUGUGCCCCAACAGAUGAGUAGUGCCGAAUGGAGUAGUAAUAUAACUUUGCAGUGAUAGUGGAGGUAGUUCUUUGUGUCUUCUUACAUGCUUUCUAUCAUUUCCUGCAAAGUUCACCUAUCAAUUUUGGGGGAGGGGGCUUAGUAUGUACAAAGACUGGAAUAUAAGAGCCACUUGCUACCUGCAGUGGGAUUUCAAAGUGUACAUAUUUUGUAAGCUGCCUUGAGAAUUCUUUUAACUUUGGAAAGGCAGCAUGCAAAUAAAUGAUUGGUUGAUUCAGGUUAUUUUUCCCUGAUUUAAAUGUGUUUAUCUCCCUCUAAUCACAGUAUUGGCAUGUAAACAUAGGCUUUCACCUAACAUAAUCAUAAGAGACCAGAGUUUGUUCUGGUUAUAGAAUUAUUGAUGCACUGUGCUAUUCCUAAUUAUGAUAUCUGGAUAUAUGUCUUCUUUUCAGUCCCAUAUCCAGAGCACGUCUGAUAGAAUCCAGUUCAAUGAUCUGCAGUCUUUGCUGUGUGCCACUUUACAGGUAAAAACUUGUUCUUAAAUUUAUAUGCAGCGUGAGGACAUACAAAAGUACUUAGUGUGAGGGCUAGUGAGGAGAGAUCAAGGGAAAACAGAUACGAGUUGGGAUUUUUCACAAGUGUCUCCAGGAAUACUUCUGUAACUCAAACAUGAGAUUUUUUCUUUUCUUUUGAAGUUGUGAAUAAGAAGGCUGCCUAGAAAUAUCUUAACAGGGGGUAUGGAACACAAAUAUCAGCUCAUCGCUUAAUUGAAAGGGUGUCUUAAGGAAGGAUGGUGAGGCAGUAGAAGAUUAAUACUGGAGGGCACUGAGGUAGCUGACAUGGUGCCCUACAGAUUUUUAUGGACUACAACUUCCACCAUCCUCACCAUUGGCCAGAUUGCUGGGGUUGUUGGGAGUUGGAGUCCAGCAACAUCUAGAGGGUACCACAAUAGGGGCGACCUAUUAAAGCUAGCACAUUUCCCAUCAUUCUUCCUGCUGCAGAGUUGUAUUUUAAGGUCAGAUAUAAGCCAGCCAGGACCUACUCCUACUCUAAAAUGAAUUGCCCAGAGAAAGCCUCUGCAGUGAAGUUUGAAAACUCCGGAUACUGGAUCCUCUUCAUUAUAUGCCUUUUCUGUGGUGGCUCCCCAUUUGUGGAAUGCUCUCCCCAGAGUGGUUCACCUGGUUCCAUCAUUGCAUGUCUUUAGGUGCCAAGCAAAAGCAUCCCACUUAACCCAGGCCUUCAUCCAUUAAACAAUCUGUGGUCUUUUAAAUGGGAUGGGGGGGACCGUUGUUAUGAAUUUUUCUGCGAUUGUUUUAUUGCAUUUUAUUGUUAUGCUAUGUAAAAUAUGUUUUUAAUGCUGAACACUACCUUGAAAUCUUCAGAUAGAGAGUGGUAUAUAAAUUGAAUUUAAAAUUUUUAAUAUAUAUUUUUACACAUAGAUAAACUCAAUCUGCAGAGUUCAUGGCUGUUCACCUCUGGGUGUGGGGGGGUGUAUAUAGGAUUGGAGGGGGGGGGCUGACAUCUGGGGAGAAAAUCUGAUCUGAGAGCCUCUGUCUAAGUUCUCCUUUUCUCACCAAAAUCCCAGAAUGUCCUUCGCAAAGUGCAGCACCAAGAUGCUUUGCAGAUCUCAGAUGUGGUGAUGGCAUCUCUCUUGAGGAUGUUCCAAAGCACAGCAGGGUCAGGAGGUGUCCAAGAAGAUGCCCUCAUGGCUGUCAGCACCUUGGUAGAAGGUCAGUGCUUUAUUCUGUUCAGGGGGCGUCUUUGGAGGGAAUAAUUCUUCAGUAUAUAAACCAAGGUCUGCAGGUGCAUGUUCAAUGGCCAUGAAGCUCUCAGAAUGCUGAUGUAAUGCUCCAAAACCCAAUCUCACGUCUGGCAUUUCUCGCUAUAUUUGGGGUAGGAAAGUGGAGGAUGGGGGAGCCAUGGCCAUGGAGAGAACUGCUGGAGGCUGUACCAGGAAUCAGUGGUACUUUAAUUGGUUGGAUUGCUGCCUGGACCAUCAGGCUGUAGUAGUCAAUAGCCUGGUGUUGUGGAACUUCUUUCCUGCCUAGACCAUCUUUUAUCAAGAGAAGGAAGUGUUUGCUUGGAAAAAGUAAACUUCUGAUGAGAAUGAGGACAAUAUGAAAGGAUGGAUGUGGAGCGUGGGAUCUCUGUUAAGGCAGAAUAGAACUUGUAGGGAGGGGGUAAAAUGGUUCUUUUCAGGAAGCGAUUAAGCAAAACAUUCACCUUUUAGUGACUCCUGGGGUGGUGUAGUCAAGUUUGCCUGCUGCUUUAGUAUAUAGUAAUUGCAUAAUAGGACUUAGUUUUAGGGCCUCACUUGGCAGCCAGCCAGAGUUUGUGGCUGCUGCCCAUGCUUCCCUUCUGCAGAGGUGGGGACUGCAGGGUCUCAUCUCUGACCAUGCUAGACUUCAGAGCUGUUUGGAAGCAAAGUGAGUUUUUGCUGCUUUGGAGGACCUCAACUCCACUUCCAUCGCAGGUAUGAGCCUUCCACCUUUCUUCUCUAUCUGAGGAAGCCUGUGUAGCUCAUUUGCAGCCAUUCUGAGCUUUGGAGGUGCCUUGGAAUUCUAGAAACGAGGUCAAACACAAGUUUAUCACCUUCCACAUGCUGCUAAGUUUUCAUCAGCUUUUUUUUGUCCUCUGUUGGGAGCUACCUUUUAUGGCUUCACAUAUUCCUUACGGAGAGAGGCAGGCCUCUAUCUUGACUUCUGUUUUGUUUUUCUAUUCACAUGGCUAACAGCACAUUGCACACAGCAGUUAUGACUAAAGAAAAAACAAGACCCGCCAUUUAAUUUAAUACAUAACGUUGUGUAUUUCUUAAAGCUCCUUGCCCCAUACUAACAAUGCUUAUAAGGGAUACUCCUAUGUAAAAAAAAUAGCUAAAGCUGCUAUGCUGUACACAGCUGCCUGGGAGUAAGUUCAAUUAAAUACUGAGAUUGGCUUCUGAGCAGACAUGCAUACAAUUGCCCUAUCACUGUUCGAGGUGUGGAGAGUUUUAUUAGACAGUUACUUGUUCAGAAAGCUUUUUCCAGUGGUUAUGCCACCCUGAUAACCUGAAGAGCAGGAUAGCAUUUUGAUGCACACUGUCAAAGUGAAGUAAUGGCUUUAAACUAGUUUGAGAUGAAUAAGGAAUUUGUUUCAGAAGAGGUUGGUAUCUGUAAUGCCCAACUUUUAUUCUAUCAUUGAGUAGCUUUCUGUUGCGUGAUUUGUUGCAUACUGAAGAGUAGAUCCAGUUAUGUUAGUUUUCUGGACUCCCCCCCCCCCCAAUGCCUAUAUAUCAAAAGUGAGAAACCUCUGACCUGUAGACAGGAUGUGGCCCAUGGCAUCUUGGCAUCCAGCCCCACAACCUGCCAUUCUCCAGCACCUGCAUUAACUAGGUAGAAAAAUUUCCAUGGAAAAAUAAAAGUAUUGAGUGGAUCACAGUGAGCCCUCACCACCAUUCCUCCUCUUCCUUCUGACGCUUCUAAUAACCACAUAGUAGAUGAGAAAUGAUUCAUCCUAAAGUUUAGACUGCAACGGUUGAUCGUCUUUUUGUGUGCCUUUCAUACCACAUUUUUUAAAAAGAAAGAGCAUUGUUGCAUAGUGUACGCAUAAAUAAGAAACCUAGGUGGAUUAGAUGUGGGUUCUGGGUAUAAAACACCUGGGUUCAAAUCUCACUUAGCUUGGGGCACUAACACAGCCUUUGGACUAGCAGGGGCCUCUUUUUCCAUGCCCUCCUUUUUGUUCGGAAACUAGUUAUGUCUUGAAGUCUCCCUUGACACUUGUGUUCACACAGCUGGCACCAGAGCAGUUUCCAACUGUGUUUUGGAUGUAAUGCUCAGCACAGUUGUUUCUGAGAUGCAAAGGGAUGGUGGAAUGACCAUGUGCCCAGGCAGAGAAGCACACAAGCCUGUGACGCGCUGACUCCCAGUUUCCUCACCAUCUUAGGAUUGGGCAGUGUGCUUGCCAUCUGCAGCAAGCCUCAGUGUGACCUUGAAAUCGGUUCUCAUCCUUGGUUCUCUUGUCGGAAGAGAGGAGGAGGAGGACUGGGUGGAGGGGAGGUCUUAUGGGGCGCUUUUUAGACCAGCAGAUUCUUACUACUGUAAAAGUAGAUAUGCCAUCCAGAUAAGUAUAGAUGCAAUAUCAAAGUAGCCUCAAUUCUUUGUAUCAUUAACAACAAUGUGUUAUUGACACGUGGAUUCAGUAUAUCAGAGGUUGGGAGCCUGGGGCUCACAGAUGCUGUUGGAUUUGGUUCUCAUCAUUCCCAUCAAACAUGGCCAAUGGUCAGGGAUGAUGGGAGCUGUAGUCUAGCAACAUGUAGAGGACAAACGUGGAGAUUGUGGUCUUCAGGGCCUUAAUUUUAGAUGCCCUAACUGUUUCUUGUCUCCCCCACCUUCUCCAUAGUUUUGGGAGGAGAAUUUCUCAAGUACAUGGAUGCCUUCAAACCUUUCCUGAGCAUUGGGUUGAAGAACUACGCUGAAUACCAGGUAAGGCUCUGGUCACUCACAGAACAUUUUGGUUUUCUUGGGUUUAGUUGGCCUGCGUGGUGUGAGAUUUGGAACACAUAGGCUGCCCUAGGAAAGGAGGUGGGGAGCCACCAGCCCAAAGGUCAGAUGUUGCCUCAUUUGGAAACUUAUUUGCUGCUCAGUCUCCCCUGUACCCCAUGCCACAAUUAGACUUCAGAAAACCUGCUUACUCCAAUAAGAGUAUGGUGGGGAGUUACUUUUAGAGAGCAAGAGGGAAUGAAAUGUGUGGAGCUGAGAUGUUUUACUCAGUAGCAUCUAGGUAGUAUUGUCUAGACCAGCAAGAAGUUCAGGCAGUAAUUUCAGGUGCAUGGAAGAGGUGAACAAACAGUUACUGAUCAGAACAAUAAACAGAUGUUACCUGAACAGGUUGCUUGUUUUAACAAUAUAAUCCUGAGGCUAUAGAAACCUGAAAGGUACUUUGUCUCUUUCCCAAUUGCUCUUCCUUGCUGAUUCCAGUUGCCUUGAAAUCCUACUGUCAAUUAUGUGCAGCUCCUCACCAAUGCUCUAGAGGGCCCCAGGGUAUAAUUUGGUGAAAAGAUUCUAUGGGCUUCUGUGCGUUUUAAAUAGUGCUAAAGCUCAGAAGAGGAAUCAACCUCCAUAGAAAGCAACAGCUUCUCAUCAGGAGCACAGUGCUGCUACACGAUAUCAGCUUAUUAGUCCAAGUCAAAAAUUGCAUGCCAUAGGAGCACACUUGCUUUGAAAUCAAACCCUGGAUUAGCAAAGGUGCAGAAUUAUUGGUAGUGUGGUGGGCAGGCAAAGACACUUGAUUAUAGUACCACAGCAGGUGGAUAUCCUGUGGCCCUCCAGACAGGGCUAGAUGACAAGGCGCUGUAUUCCCCAGCCAGAAUGGGUACUGGUGAGGGCUGAUGGGAGCUGUAGUCCAACAACCUCUAUGUUACUAGGGAAGACGAAAAGACCCCCCCCUCUAUUUAGAUCUGUAACAAUAAUAUAAAGCCACACACAGAUCAUCAUAAUCAUCAGCAUGUCUGAAUCCCACAUUUCCAUGAUAAUACUCUAAAUUAAAACUAAAUUGGAAUAUGCCAGGAAAACUUUGGAUAGUUUUCAGGGACCAUAUUUAGAGAAUGAGCACAGGAAGGGAACCUGAUAUUGCAGAACCCCCUACACCAUCCACAGCUACUGGAUAGGAGGUGCAUUCCUGAGAGCCCCCAUAGUGCUGCAUGUCCAGAUUGAAAGCUUAAGCAUCAAUUGAUACAAAUAUGGUUUAAAAUUCAGCAUAGGGUACUGCAAACGGAGAUACCUGCUUAGAAGUUGCUGGAUUCGUAGAGCACUGUGUAAGGGCAUCGAGUUCCAAAGUCUUGGAAAUAUUUUGCUAGGCCAGGGAAAAGGGGUGGGAUAUGGUGAAUUGGAAACUGAUUCGAUUAGAGGGUUUAUUUGAUAGAUGGAUGUAGCUCACUAGUAAUUGAGUUUGGUGUUGAGAGUUCAGGGAAGGGCAUUGCUCCUAGCAAGUAUUUGGCACUACAAACUGAUGGGAAGCUGAUUCCCAAGUAUUGCUUCUUUCCAGCCAGCAAACCAGCUUGCCUCCUUCCCGCUCCUUGUACCUCUGCAUAAAACAGUUAGCAAAAGCUAUGACUCUUCCAGGCGCGUCACACUUGAGCCGUUGCCUGCCUUGCUGGCUUUAUUUAGCCUUUUUAAUAGGGCACGGGUAUAAUGAUCAGCACUAGAGGGGGUGAAAGUGACUCACGGAUUGGGUGGGUGUAAUGCCUUUCUCUUCUCUCCACAGGUCUGUUUGGCUGCAGUGGGCCUUGUGGGUGACUUGUGCCGGGCUCUGCAGUCCAACAUCCUGCCUUUUUGUGACGAAGUUAUGCAGCUGCUUUUAGAAAACUUGGGGGUGAGUGCCUCCUCCUAGUUAGCUGUUUGAACAAGGAGGCUGGCAGAAAUGAUCUAGAAAUGAGGGGGGAAAGCUUCUAAAUAGAAAUCCCUAAUAUGCUGGAAGACUUAACAGGUGUAAACAUUAAGUAGCUACGCUGGCUAGGUUUUUGGGCAAAAGAAGCUUUUGUCUUGCACAAGUUUUAUUGGUUGAUCUCAGUGUGCUGAUGGAGUUUUAUUCUUCCUCUCCCUUCCCGAUGCUUACAUACUGUGAGGGUCAAAAGUCACAAUUGCAAAAGAAGACUCUAAUCCAGCGAUUGAUAUUUCUACAGUGAAUGGGAAUAUUGUACCUACUUUGCCACAACUGGAAAGGCAAAGGGCAAGAUACAUGAAUAAAGCUUGUGUAACACCUGGGUCUUUUUAUCUUUUCACAAAAGUUAACGCAUCUUGAUAAAUUAAAAAUAAAUAAAUCUGCCUCUCCUGCAGCUCAGGAUCCCAAUCCUAUGUACUCUUUCUGGGGGGGGGGGGGGCUUAGUCCCAUUGAACCCCAACUUAUUUCUGAGUAAACAUACAAACAAUCUUACCUAGGUUGCUUGGUUAAAACUGGAAUAAGCUUUCAGUACUUUCAGGAUAGAGUAUAAUAGAGAUGCAAAAUGUUUUCACACUUAAUAUAAUUGCUCAAGGUUUUCACACUUAAUACCAUGAAUAAAAUAGCUCCUUGUCCUUACAGAACGAAAAUGUGCAUCGAUCUGUGAAGCCCCAGAUUCUCUCGGUGUUUGGUGACAUUGUUCUUGCAAUUGGAGGGGAAUUUAAGAAAUACUUAGAAGUUGUACUGAAUACCCUACAACAGGCUUCUCAAGCCCAAGUUGAUAAGGUAAGGCCUGGAAACCUGGGCUGCUGUGCAGCACUGUCAUAACCACCCCAGACUGAUUGCUGCUGUGCUUUUUUGCCUUAGUCUGACUAUGACAUGGUGGAUUACCUGAAUGAACUGCGAGAGGGCUGUCUUGAGGCCUACACAGGAAUCAUCCAAGGGCUGAAAGGAGAUCAAGAGAAUGUGCAUCGUGAGUAUUUAAAGUUGGACGAACAAUUUCAACAUCUUUAAUUUAACCAACUUGCAUGUGGCUCUUGUGAAGUGUAAUGUGGGCGAGAAGACGCUCUGUCCAAAUCUCUAAAUUGCCAAGUUCUUAUCUCAAGGGCUCUCAGAGGAGUUGUAGUAUAUUGUCUUAAUUGCCACACCUGUGAGUAGGCUGUUGAAUAUGUUUUUGUGAAUGGAAAAGCUGACCAGGAGCUCUGAAAGUUGGACAGAGUCAGCAGAUGACCUUUGGGCUAGUUUCUCAUCACCUUGUAUCUUAAAAGGGUUAAGUUCCAUUAUUCUUACAAAGCCGUUAGUCUUAAAUAUUACACAAUGAAGGGCUGCAGAAGAGGCAAUCCACCCUGAGAUCUGUUGCCUGUGUCUCCUACUUGCUGUGCUCUGGGACCGUUGACUGCUACGUUCUGUGGCUGCAGUACAAUUACAGCAGUGUCGGUUUUCAAGAAGAAAGGCUACUCCAUGUUGACUGAAAUAGCAGCAAACUUGGAUGCUCACCAUGUGUGUGCUGGCCACUUAACAUGUUGUGUGUGUAGUCACUUAAAAGAAAUAUUGUUCUUGGAGUCAGCAGUCUUGACUGAGGUGGUGUGUGUGUGUGUGUUGGGGAGGGGAGAGUAUUGUGGGUUUCAUUUGGACCAUAGGUUGUCUGUAGUGGAUCUGGGUGCUUAAAGAAAAGUUUAAAAAGUUUCUGCAAGCAGAAAAUAGCUUUGCAGCCAGCCAAUAAAACUAAAUGCUGCUUUCUUUUCAGCGGAUGUGAUGCUGGUGCAGCCCAGAGUAGAAUUCAUCUUGUCGUUCAUUGACCAUAUUGCCACAGACGAAGAUCACACUGAUGGGGUUGUAGCCUGCGCGACUGGGCUCAUAGGGUAAAUGCCGACAACUUAUUUGUGCUUUGGGGAGUGGGGAACUUGGAAGUACCACACUGAACCUCAGGUGCCCCCUGUGAAUCACAUUUACCAUAAAGGCAAAAUGAGGUAUUUUAAGCGUGGAGCCUCCACCAGUUUUACAUGGUGCAGCGUUAAGGGACUUUACAGUAAGUAUGGGUAGUUUGUAAGCACACCUUUAAAUUUGCAAUUGAUGUGGAAUAGGAUGACCAGUUCACUGAAUGUGAACUCAUUUUGCAAAGGCAGUCUUUAGACAUCAGCCGUCUGAGCCAAACUGGUGGUUGUGGUACCUUGCUAGAGUGAUGUUGUCCUUCAAUGAUAUUCUAACUCAUAACUAUACUUGAGUUGGCUUAACAAUAGUAGAAGAACAUAAAUAAGCAAAGACUUCUUAAAAAACAACAACACUGAAACCCCAGCAGAAAAGCAGCAAUAUCUGCAGCCAACAUCCUAAGUCUCCAAAAGUAUUUUCUGUUGAGCUUGGCCAUGCUUAAAUUGUCAUACUUCUACAAGGAGGUUAUUUCAUAGUUCUGGGUAACUGUAGGAAGGGCCUGUCCAUAGCAGUCCGUAUGUGUGCUCUCCCCCCUUUUCUCUGUGGAACAGAAAGUUAUAAACUCAAAAAUGGCAGCUAACUUGAGAUAAAGGCUAGGAGGAGCCUCAUUCAGCUUACACAUUAAUAAAGAGAUUUCUAUUUGUACCCUUGUUUAUUUCCCGUAGGGAUUUGUGCACAGCAUUUGGGAAAGAUGUCCUCAAGUUGGUAGAAGCUAGGCCCAUGAUACACGAACUGCUAACUGAAGGAAGGAGAUCAAAGACGAACAAAACAAAAACGCUUGCUACCUGGGCCACUAAAGAGCUGAGAAAACUGAAGAAUCAAGCUUGGUAAAGAAGCUAUUUCUGUUCCUCAAAGCAGCUUCACCUACAUAGUUUUUGUUAGAGAUGUGGGGACUAAUGUCGGCCUCAGGACUUUAAGCCUUCAGUAAAGAACAGUUUCUUUCAUCUGGUGUUUUUCCACCACUUGCUGAAAAAUUCCGUCAGCCUGGAAGCCCAUCAGAAUGAAUUGUGGAAAAUAAUCAAACUUUAGUAAUUCAGAUGGGACGUGGGUGGCACUGUGGUCUAAACCACUGAGCCUAGGACUUGCCGAUCGGAAGGUCAGCGGUUCGAAUCCCCGCGACGGGGUGAGCUCCCGUUGCGCAGUCCCAGCUCCUGCCAACCUAGCAGUUCAAAAGCAUGUCAAAGUGCAAGUAGAUAAAUAGGUACCACUCCGGCGAGAAGGUAAAUGGCGUUUCCGUGUGCUGCUCUGGUUUCGCCAGAAGCGGCUUAGUUCAUGCUGGCCACAUGACCCAGAAAAACUGUCUGUGGACAAACGUCUGCUCCCUCGGCUUGUAAAGCGAGAUGAGUGCUACAACCCCAGAGUCGUUCGUGACUGGACUUAACUUUCAGGGAUUCUUUACCUUUACCUUUUUAUGGAGUCUCUCAGUCCUGGGCAUACAGUGCUGUAGAUUGUAUAGCUUAGUGGAAGUGGAAUUGGGUGCUAUAGUGCAGCAUGUCAUAAGAUGCACAUCCUUAGUUUAAACCUCAAUAUGUGUGAACUUGGGAGCUUUCAAACUGUGUUUUGAAAACCCUAGAAGUCAUUAGAAACCUAUCAGGGGUUUCUCAAUGAGAAGAUCAAUGAAACUGGAAAGUUGAAGAUAGCUUUUCUUCUACUACUUAAUUUUUUAUUAAAUUUAUAUCCUGCCCUUCUUCCCAAAGGUUUCUCCUACUGAUUCCCUCCCCAUCCACUCCCAGUUUACAUGAAGCAGUGGUGAAGACCAGUAUAAGCUGAGUGUGAAGCUUACAAAACAUUCCAGAAUUUGAGUGGCUUUUUCCCGCUGACAAUAUCCCUUCUCUUACAGAUCUGUUACCAUUGGGAUGACACCUGAGACCCCCACUGGAUAAUCUCCAAUCUAUUGAGAAAACAAACCCAACCCGGAAGUGAGGAGUGUGCACGGAUGCUGAGUGUUUGGGAAUGAGAGGAUGAGUGAGUGAGAGGCUUAAAACACACCACGGUGAAAAUCCAGCCACGGCAAACGGCAGCAGCGCUGUUAAUGGAGCUAAUCACUGACUUGCGUAGCAACGAAACCUUGUCAUCGCUUGCCUCCAGGAAGUGGAAAAUGAUUGGUUUCCAUACUUCAAUGCGGUCUCUUCUGACAAGAGACAAAGGACUAACUUCUGUGUCUUGUCGCCAGUGAAGAGGGAGAUGAAUUAGUCUGGAGAGAGAGAGAGAGAGGAAAGCUAGCUUCAGGGUCAAUUCCGAGUGCUCAUAUAAUAAGGUCUGGCUUUCGUUGCUGGAAAGAGGAGGCGGUGGGAACCCCAGCUCACCUUUCGGGAGGGGAGUUUUUGGCCACUUGUCAGUGCACGAGAGAGCACGAGAGAAACGGGACGGGUGAAGGAUUUUCUUUCAAGAGUGAGUGUGUGUGAAUGAGGCGAUAUCUACAUUCUCAACUUUUAAGUCAUUGCAGUUAAUCUUUCCCAAAAAAAAAUAAGAGAAAUACUGAAGAGGUUAGCAGUUGCAUUUCAUAAAACUAACAAAGUUCAGUCUACUUGAAGCGGCAGAAGAGUAAGAGUUUAAGGGGGGGAGGGGGGAAGAGAAGUUGCUCCGUAAUAGGGCUUCUUUAGAGAAACGCUGGUGGGAUGUUCAAAGCUCCCGUCGUGACACUUUUUCACGAUCUUGUUUCAUUAAAAAGCGCCUUUCCUUCCUUAAUUUUGUUCAACUGUGAAUGUAGAAACCAAGGGGGCAGGGUGGGGGGAGGCGGGGAGGGUGUCCAGAAAAAAAACAAAAAAACUCUCACGUAUUAGUAGAGAGAUUAGGAUCCAAUUCUCCAAAUGGGAUGCAAGGCUUUAAAACAAAACAACUAUGCUAAAAAAAAUUGGCAACGACAAAAACCCAAAGGGACACAGCCCCUCUCUUGGCGUGAACAAAGUAGCCCGAACCACACACAACUGUGCCAAAGAGUUAAAAAAAAAAAGGAAACAAAAGUCCAAAUGAGAAAAAGAAACCUUCAGGAAAUAUUUUGGAUUGCAAAAAAUGAGGAUGAAAUUCAAAUGUUCAAACAAAGCAAAAAGAUAAAAGUACGAUUUGGAAACCUCUUGGCCUAUUGGUUCUCUUUAUUUGAUUCUGAAUAUGGUAUUAGUCUUGCUGCACUUCAAAAAGGAAAAAUUUAUAUAAAUAUAUAUAUACUGACUUGAGCUUACACAGGAUGGCACUUGUAAAAGGUUAUAUUUUUCCACUGCAGUUAAAGAUUAAUAAAAUGGUGUCAAACAUUCCCCCAGUACUACUUUUUUUUCUAUUGGUCUUUCCAGUAAACAGGAGAUCCAUGUUACUUCAUUAUUGUUAUUUUUUAACAAAAGAGAGCAGUUCAGAUAUGGGCAGCUAUGUUCUAGGUGUACCAGUUUAAAUUCUAUAGUUCUAUAACAUUUAAAACAAUUUCUUAAAGGAAGGGGGAGAGGCAGCUGUUCUAUAGCUGUUUAGGAUUCCUAGACAAAGGUUGAAGGGGGGAUAAGACGCACCUGCUUCUAACUAUGCAGCUGUUGAUGCUUAGGGGCUUUUAAAAGAUGGGUGCUUUUUAAGCUUGCCUUGUCAGGAAAUCUAAUGCCUUGCAAGAAGCAUUUCUUUUUUAAAAAACAAAAAAAUACCCUUCCUCAUCCACUCCCAUCCCUUCUCCGGCUCCACACUUCCCCAGGCUCGUCCUGGGAUCCUCUUCAGUUGCCCAUCGAUGGAAAGCAAGCAUGCCAGUUUCUUGUACAGGGUAUCUGACGCGUGCCUUCCAGUGCCAGGUUCAGAAUUGCAGCCCCCACUGCUGACUUCUCGAACCAGUGUACAAAAAGAGACCAGGUGAUGACUAAGCAGGAAGCUCCAGCAUGAGUCUGAAAGAUGGGCUUUUGAGAAACCUGGGUCCACCUUAUCUUAAUGCCUUUUUUUCCUUUGGGGGACACCCACGAAACGAAAGCCAUUCCUGAAUUUGGGGAGAUGGGUGUGUGAAGGGGAGAUCUGAUCAUUCCUCAGUGCUACUGAACUCUGUCCAGUGUUGGCUGUUCAGCUGUAGGCUGCAGGUAAAUAAAGUACACUGAGUUAGUAGUGGAAACCAAAAAAAGCGUGUCUUACUUUUUUUCUCUGUCUUCCUGCCCUUCAGUGUUUAAAACGGCAGAGGCUGGAGCUACAACCAGACUCUGUUUUAAAGAAAACCUUUCUUCUGAGCUAGGCUUGGGGGUGGGGGUGGGGAGAAAGAAUCCCAUACAUGCUAGAGACCGAUAAUUUCUAUUUCCAUUCUUUACUCUUCUACAUAUUCUGUGCAAGCUACUUAAAGCAUGCAUGCCCCUUUGAUUCCUCCUCGCUUUGGGGGAGAGACUAUAAAAUAUUUGGAGGCUUAUGUGUGCCUUAUAAUUAAUGGAAUGCAUCUGAGAGGCUGCAGAUUUCAGCUGCUCACCAGCUCUGCCUUAAGUAAAAUAGAAAUUACUGUGCGACUUUGGGUGUGGAGAAGAGGAAAUGCUGCGUAGCUGGAAAUGCAGUCAGCGAUACAAACUGGCAUGUUCAUCAAAGUGUUGUUUCCUAACUGCACAGCCAGCCUGGAGGCAACCGCUUCCUAUAGAUGCAGCUAUUUUAGGGGAAAUGUGUGUGUGGUUCUGGUUCAUAUUGGAACAGGCCUUCCUGCUUCAUGACUUUCCGAGCUGAACACAGUCCAUCAACCAUGGAUUGUGGCCUGGCAGGUGCUCUGAGGUUGAGGUGAGCUUGUGGACUGCGUCUGAUUCAUAGGUAGCACAAGUCAGUCUCGAGCUUCUGGGAUAUACAUGAGUAUGUUGUUUGCAACACAUAACACACUUUUUAAAGGGCCUUAAAGGCAAGUCUUGUUUUUGAGUGUCUGCAGAAGACUUCCUUGAGUACAGUAUGUCUGCUGCAUUAAUGUUUAGUGUAGCAACUGGAAAUGAAAUCCAGCCUCUUCUUUUAUUCCAAGGAUUUGUGUCCUAGUUGCCAGAGCGGUGAGCAAUAACUUGUUGAAUUCCUCGUUAAAAUUAGCAUGAAAUAACUAACAAGUGUUCCUGGGAUGAGUGCUUCGGACUUGCUCACUUAGCAGAAUUUAGCUGCAGGUUUGCAGUCUCUUUUUGUGGACGAGGUUUAGGGAUCUUCCUACAUAAAAAUAAAGAGUUUGUUGCAAGUGUGCUUUCC